AUGGGAUGCAGUACAUCUAAUUAAGGUAUUAUAAUCCUUUUUAUAUUAUCGAGCUAGUAAGAAAAUUGAUAUCGUUGACAAUAAUAUUUCAUGGGAAACCAUAUAAAAUAAUCACUAUGAUGUAUCAUCAUUAAUGAUAUUAUAGUCCAUCUUAAAUUCUUCUUAAGACCAUUAUGAAAGUUCUGUCACUAUUAGCCAUAUUAAGUAGAAAUCUAAUGACAUUCUUACUUUUGAAAUUAAGGGUAUUUUUAUACAAAACAAUAUUAUAAAUAAAUGA